GCAUUUCUGACCGUUUUCUCCAAUGUUCUCUGGCUUUGAGACAAUGUUUCUUUAAGGCUCAGAUUUCCUCAGGAAACACGCACAUCAGACAAACAUUCUGCGGGCAGACCUUCAUUACUGAUAUCUGCAGUCAGCUUGUGUUCCACAGAAGCUCUGAAGCAGUUCUGAAAAUGUCUCUUUCAACUCACCGUCAGUGCACAGUGGAGAUUCAGAACAAGACAUCCAGCGUCAUCCUGUCUGAGCCGCUCAUCCAUCUCUUUAGUGGAAACUGUGAGUCUCCUCUCCCUCCAACUCUUCGUCCCUCUGAAUCCGGCACCGCACUCUUCAUCAAAAAACCCCACGCGGCCUGUGGUUCCGUAGCUGUCUUCACAUACGACAUCAUUCAGGCGUCCACCAAGCAUAACCAAGGCCGGCUGGCUGUCAUGUUCUCCAAUCCGUACGACUUCAACAUGUACUCCAACUGGUAUGCCAUUGGAGCAUUCAGCAAGGACAAGCGUUGCGACGAGGAGCUGUACAAGGAAAUGUACUAUGGGCAACAGCUCGGCUUUGUCCGCGGUAAAGCCAAGGGCCCCAGCCUGACCCACAAAGUGGGCCGUUUGACCAUCAGGGCCAGCAUGUCUGACAGCUAUCAGCCUGUCCUGAAGGUGGAACUUUGCAACAACUAAGACUGGCUGCUUCUGUUUUAUGCAGUUUUUGAUCUAACUCAAAUAUUUUUUUUGCAAAAGCUUGUCCUUUUAUAGCAUAACCAUCAUCUUUGUCUUCAUUAAUACCAGUUAUUUCUUUCCCAGUUUAAAUACUAUAAACCAUCUAUCCAGCAUUUGCUUUUCUAUCUGUUCUCACCACAGCUUCACAGCUUCCCCAGUGAACAUUUAGAAAGUGAUCAUGUUCUAAAUAAUCAGUCAUCUUUCCAAUCUGGAAUUUUUUCCUAAAUUGGAGAAAAAACACUCUUCAAUGUUCGUUAAAACGGCCAACUGAUUCAGAGUUUUCCUCUGAACCCCAACAGCUAAAUGAAAUCCUGAUGCUAAUCAGACCACAUGAAACAUGGGACCUGGUUAAAGUGUAUCAGCACACGCGUGGAUGAAGUAGGAUUACAACUGACAGAGUUGAUGAAACUGAGUUUAAAAAGUGUUCAGUGUUGCAAUGUACGAAAUUGGACUGGAUGUAACUGGGCUACAAUGUGUGUCUCUGUCACUACCAUAGCACACAUUUAAUUGAACCAAAAUGAACACCUUAUAUCAGGAUCAAAUGAGUUGAGCUGUUCUGAAUCAGUUCAUUGUUGUCUGAUCAAAACGUUUCAGAAACAUCCCCAUCCUUUCUGUCUGCACUCUCUCAUUUUGUCCAAUGUCUGAGUAUCAGAUCAGCACACAGAUACCAUGAGGAGAUCUGAUGGCCCUGAUGCCUUACAGCUGCUGUUACAAUCUGAACGUUCUGACCCAAUAAAAGC